AUGGGUCAUAGCGCUCGUGCUCAAAUAGUCGCCAAAAGUUGUGACAAUAUAUCCGAUGAAGAAAAACCCCCCUUCUCUCGACGAACGCCUUCGUUUUCAUCUUCAUCCUCUUCAUCUUCAUUUGAAUCGUCCCGUAUUUUCCGACAUUCUCCUCUUAGUCCGGCCCCGCUUAGAUUUUCGGAGGUGCCAUUUUCUUGGGAACACUUACCGGGAUUCCCACAAGCAGCAAGUUGUUCUGGAAGGGGGGAAAGUGACAGAAGUAUAAGUGACAGGUUUGGAUUUGUAAAUCUUUACACUUCUUGUAAAAGAACUUGUGCAGUUUCAGAAUACAUAGUUAUCUUCCGAGGUCUGGGAACAUCUUAUGAUCUAAUUCAUCACCGCCGCUCACGCUGAAUUGAAUUGAAUUUCAGCGUGGAUCGUUACUACUACU